AUGAUGGCUACAAGACCAUCAGCAAUAACAAAAGACAACAUCGCAAUUUUGAUGCAUGAUUUUCAGGCGAUGCUGCCCAACAAUUGCACGACGGCCCUCUGUGUGCAGUUGCUUUCACAUCUCGCCAACGUCGUCGUCGAUCGCAACUAUAUUGAUCAUUCUCGCCAGCAAUAUCGUCCCUCAAUUCCAUCUGCUCCAGCUGUUCCCAUCCGAUUCAGCCAAUAUUCCACAGUUGGCGCAAAUGUGCACGGCCUCAAUACACCGAUGUUGCAUCCCGGCUCGGUGGAGCCUCCUCUUGCUCCCGGAUCAUACCGCCUCUAUGCGAUGCGAUUCUGCCCAUACGUUCAACGCGUCUUGAUCUAUCUUACAAAAAAGAAUAUUCCUGUCGAAGUUGUCAAUGUGAACCCCGAUCGUAGUCCAUCUUGGUAUCUUGCAAAGUCUCCGCUUGGACGAGUUCCCGCACUGGAAAUUAACGGAAAGGUUUGUGUUGUCUGGGAGUCCAACGUCAUCGCAGAAUACCUUGACGAACUGUUCCCUUCAAACAGCAUUCUUCCGAACGAUGCUUAUGAAAAGGCUCAUCAGAAGAUUCUCGUCGAACGACUCUCACCGUUGAUGAAUGCGCUAUUCGAAUUUUAUUCCUCAAAUACCCCACAAGCCCAACGACAAAAUGAUAUGACUGUGCACAGUGCACUGCGAAAUGCCGAGAAUUUAUUGACCGAUACCUUUUAUGGAGGGCGUCAGCCAGGUUAUGCUGAUUAUAUGAUUUGGCCAUUUUUGGAGAGACUUCAACUUUUGACCAUGAACCCAUUAACACAGUUUAGGUAUUUCCCUGGAUUACACUAUCCGAAAAUGGGAGCAUAUAUUGUUCGAAUGCAGAGUCAGCCCGAGAUCAAAUUCACCAGUCGCCCAUUGUCUCAUCACAAGACUUUCAUUGACAGCACUGCAAUCGGACUGCCCAACUAUGAUUUCGGAAUAUACAACACUAAUAGAUGA